UCCCGACACAAACUCCGUGGCUCGCCAUUCUUGCUCGCCUGCUCGCCGUCUUGGCUCUCCGGCGCUGCCCCCCGCCGCCUUCCUCGCUCCCCCGCCCCAUGCCGCCUUCCUCCCCAGAAUCACGCUCUGAUGCUGCCGGCUCGUCCCCCUCCUUGUUUCCCACCGUCUCAAGCUUCAAUUUUUGCCACAUCGCCGGUGGUUGAUCUGCGGGCAGGAUUGCGGGCGGCGGCCUGGAGCGGCAGUACGCAAGCUCUGACUCCAUCCCAAGCCAGCCGGCACACCCGUCGAGGAGCUCUGCCAGCCGCUGCCCUAGCGCCCGCGGCCGUCAACGCGUGGUCGGGCGCCGCGUCGAUGUUGUCGCUGCUCGGCGCCGCCGUCGCCGACUCAUGGCUCGGGCGGUACCGCACCAUCGCCGCCUCCUCCGUACUCUACAUCAUGUGGCACAAAGCCGAGCUACCUUGGCGUGCAGAAGAGGCCCCCCACCCUUGCCUUGUGCCCGACAACCAACAACAGCGUGCCGACGUCCGAGAGGAUAAGCAAUUCCAAUCACUACGCUCACCCAUGGUAACCAUCGGUGUUUAGUUCUUUCACCAUUGAUCAUGAACAACAUUAUAUGAUAAAUUCAGUGAGUAAGAAAUUGCAGAGUCCCAAAUAUGAUAAAAAUGACAUCUGCAUUUUCUAAAAACAAUUUAGUUGCAAGACAAUGUCAAUUACCUGAAGCAGCACAUUCGGAUUUGUAUUCACUCAAGGUUGAUAUUUUGUAGUAUUCACUCAAUGUCAAUAGAAUGACUAAAUAUAUUUAUAAAACAAUGUAAAUGUUGUUUAGCUUGAAUUGUCACUUUCGUAAUGUCAUGCAUCUUACCACUGAUGUGUUUCUAGAAAAAAUAAUUAUUACUCCUAAUUCAGUCUUGGAACAUUUUUGUCUUCAUUUUCAAGUCUUUCUUUUUUUAUUCCAGUAGCAUGAUGAGCUUGAAACACUAGGAGUAGCAUGUUUGGUUCAGUAUUUUCAUGUUCAGUUAACUGUGAGCAGCUAGCAAGUGAUCGAUGGAGAGUCCUCUCUGCAUGUUUUGAUUGAUUAGUACAAACAGAGAUGAACUCGGUCAGCGGUCAAUUUUGAUUUGGAAUUCUGCCUGUUACUUCUUUCCUUUACUGACAUUAAUACAAAAAAAUGACAUGUAAUUGCUCCUUUCCCUUUCUCUGUUUCUUUUCCUUUCUUUGCUUGGAGGGCGCUGCUGCUCUUCUUUCUCUUUCUCUGCUUCGAAGGUGGUGCCGCUUGGAGGGUACUGCUGCUUGGAGGAUGUUGCUGGUCGUCUUUCCCUUUCUCUGCUUCUUUCCCUUUCUUUGCUUGGAGGGUGCUGCUGCCCUUCUUUCUCUUUCUCUGCUUCGAAGGUGGUGGUGCUGCUGCUACUGCUUGUAGGGUACUGCUGCUUGGAGGAUGUUGCUGGUCUUCUUUCCCUUUCUCUGCUUGGAGGGUGCUGCUGCUCCUCUUUCUCUUUCUCCGCUUCAAAGGUGCUGCUGCUGCUGCCUCGAGGUCUGCUGCUGCUAUAAGUGCUAAGUGUCAUGAAGCUUCGAGCUAACGUGUUGACAUCAUAGUUUUGAUAUUCUUCCUCCACGCCUUCUAUCAAUUCCCUUAUGCUUUGAGGUGCUCUGCAAUCAGUAUGCGACUGGAGAGACCUGAAGAAGCAGAGAUCAAGAAUAUUCAGAAGAAGAAAGGUAAAUUUCAGCAUUCUAGAUUGCUUGCUAGGGGAGCUACCUCUGCUGCUGGGAGACUGGUUGCUGAAAAUGGGACUCUGAAGGCUAUUUGGCCUCACAGUGGCCACGACCGCCCCACAGAGGAGAACUUCCAGGAGUUUAAAAGCUUCCUCAAUGACAACUUGGUUGAUAUCACUGAUGUUAAGAUGAGCCCAGCAGAGGAGGAUGAGGAAUUCUGGGGCAGCCUCAAAAGGAUCGGUUGGGAGAACGACAAAUCUGAAGAUGGCCCUGCUGCACCUGAAGAAACUGGCUCUCUUCAGACAACUCAAGUCGUUCAAACAACAUCUACAGAAACAGAAAAACGCGAGCAACCAGUGGUGGCGCGCGAGAAGAUCCUUCAGAGGAGAUGGUGGUAGCAGCUGCACCCCUGUGGUAGCAUCAGCAUCUACAGAAGAACCAGUGGUAGCAUCAGCACCAACAUCAACAUCUACAGAUCCUUCAGAGGAUCAACAUCUACAGAAGAACCAGUGGUAGCAGCUGCACCCCUGUGGCCACGAACCUGGCCGUGGAGAUGCAGGGACGCCUGCCCAUGCUACAGCAACGAGGAGGGGAAGAUGGAGCCGCGGCGGAAGAUGGAGCCGCGGCGCCUGAGCCUGGCAGCGGCGGAAGAUGGAGCCGCGACGCCUAAGCCUGGCAGCGGCGGAAGAUGGAGCCGCGGCGCCUGAGCCUGGCAGCAGUGGAAGAUGGAGCCUCGGCGCCUGAGCCUGGCGGCGGCGGAGACGGAGCUCGAUGUGCUGGAGUCACCGGCGCUAUCUUGCUGCCGGAGAUGGAGCUCGAGGUACUCGGAGGUGGGGAGCUCGAGGUGCUGGGUGCGGGAGCUCGAGGAGCUGACGCCGGCGACGGGAUCCUAGUGCUGGGGAUGGAGCUCGAGGUUCUGGCAGGCGGGAGAUUGAGGUUCUGGCCGGGGGACGGAGGUUCCGCGCGGUGGAUCGCGACGAGCGGACGGAGAACUGGGUACUGGAUUGUAAUGAUUUUAAAUUUCGGAAGGGCCUUAUUGUAAAAUUGAUUUGUUCACGAUUCCGCCCCCCUGGAGUCAUCUAUUAUCGAACGGAGGGAGUACCUACUAAAGUGGGAAGCAUGUCCAUGCUUUCAGCCUCAGAAGUUCUUAUCUCUACUCCUAAUGGAGCAGUUGGUGAAUAGUCCGCCGGUUAUUUUUC